CUCCUCCUCGUCUUCUUCCUCCUCCUCCUCGCCCCUCAACCCCCUCCUCCCGGCCUAACUCCACUAGCUAACUCGGGGCUGUUGUGAUGCGUAUUCCCGUAGAUCCGAGCACCAGCCGGCGCUUCAGCCCCCCUUCCAGCAGCCUGCAGCCCGGCAAGAUGAGCGACGUGAGCCCCGUGGUGGCCGCGCAACAGCAGCAACAGCAACAGCAGCAGCAGCAACAGCAACAACAGCAGCAACAGCAGCAACAGCAACAGCAGGAGGCGGCGGCGGCAGCGGCGGCAGCAGCUGCAGCAGCUGCGGCGGCGGCAGCGGCGGCGGUACCCCGAUUGCGGCCCCCCCACGACAACCGCACCAUGGUGGAGAUCAUCGCGGACCACCCGGCCGAGCUGGUGCGCACCGACAGCCCCAAUUUCUUGUGCUCCGUGCUGCCCUCGCAUUGGCGCUGCAACAAGACCCUGCCCGUGGCCUUUAAGGUGGUAGCCCUUGGAGAAGUACCAGAUGGGACUGUGGUUACUGUCAUGGCGGGUAACGAUGAAAAUUAUUCUGCUGAGCUCCGAAAUGCCUCUGCUGUUAUGAAAAACCAAGUGGCAAGGUUCAACGAUCUAAGAUUUGUGGGCCGGAGUGGACGAGGCAAGAGUUUCACCUUGACCAUAACUGUCUUCACAAAUCCUCCCCAAGUAGCCACCUAUCACAGAGCUAUUAAAGUUACAGUGGAUGGACCCCGGGAACCCAGAAGGCACAGACAGAAGCUUGAUGACUCUAAACCUAGUUUGUUCUCUGACCGCCUCAGUGAUUUAGGGCGCAUUCCUCAUCCCAGUAUGAGAGUAGGUGUCCCGCCUCAGAACUCACGGCCCUCCCUGAACUCUGCACCAAGUCCUUUUAAUCCACAAGGACAGAGUCAGAUUACAGAUCCUAGGCAGGCACAGUCUUCACCACCAUGGUCCUAUGACCAGUCUUACCCCUCCUACCUGAGCCAGAUGACAUCCCCUUCCAUUCACUCCACGACUCCAUUGUCCUCCACACGGGGCACUGGGCUUCCUGCCAUCACCGAUGUGCCCAGGCGCAUUUCAGAUGAUGACACAGCCACGUCUGACUUCUGCCUCUGGCCUUCCACUCUCAGUAAGAAGAGCCAGGCAGGUGCAUCAGAACUGGGCCCUUUUUCAGACCCCAGGCAGUUCCCAAGCAUUUCAUCCCUCACUGAGAGCCGCUUCUCCAACCCACGAAUGCACUAUCCAGCCACCUUUACUUACACCCCGCCAGUCACCUCAGGCAUGUCCCUCGGGAUGUCUGCUACCACUCACUACCACACCUACCUGCCACCACCCUACCCCGGCUCUUCCCAAAGCCAGAGCGGACCCUUCCAGACCAGCAGCACUCCAUAUCUCUACUAUGGCACUUCAUCAGGAUCCUAUCAAUUCCCCAUGGUGCCGGGGGGAGACCGAUCUCCUUCCAGAAUGCUUCCACCAUGCACCACCACCUCGAAUGGCAGCACGCUAUUAAAUCCAAAUUUACCUAACCAGAAUGAUGGUGUUGACGCUGAUGGAAGCCACAGCAGUUCCCCAACUGUUUUGAAUUCUAGUGGCAGAAUGGAUGAAUCUGUUUGGCGACCAUACUGAAAUUCCUCAGCGAUGGGAACCAUAUCCCAAAUGUAUUGAUAUAUACAUAUAGA